GUACCUAAGUAUUGUGGAAUGAAAUGGAUUAAUAUCCCUGUGUCUGUUAUCUUCUUUCUUUUUUCUAAUGAAUUCUUUUGUUCUUGGUCUGUAUUCGUCUCUCUUUAUCUGUCAAACUCUUCUAGUUUCACCCCUGAUCAUUGAUUGAUAAGUUUUGCGUUUAUCAAUUGGUAUCAGAGCCGUUCGAUUCUUUCGGACGGUUUAUACCUUACACAAAUGGAUCCGCAUAAUAUCAAAAGCCAGAUUUUAAAUCUAUUGGAAACAGUUGAAGGACACCAACGCGAAAUGCAAGAAUUUUGGAGGGACCGUUCAAAUCUCUUAGCACACGUGAAAGAUACUGUUGCAGACAUUUCAUCGAAUAUUCCAGCAGCAAUUGAAGAAGAAGACCAUGUCUAUUUGGAAGAUUGCUUCAACAUAUUUGCUGAGAAUGAUGAAAUUGUGCAUACAAGGUUUCGAAACACUGAAUGUUACAAUAUUGGCGAUUUCUUGCCAAUCUUUAAUGAAGAACAUGGAGAAAUUAAAAGAAUCAUCGUCACUGUUUUCCUCCAAAGUAUCGUCGUAACUUUGUGCCAUCUUGGGACGUGUACAAGAAGUGCUACAGUCAAGAAUAUGGGAAUCCAACACCUUUUGUUGUUUGGUUCAUGUGUAGCUUGUAUGCCGGAAGGUUUCGAGGGUAUAAACACAUUUCCAUUUGGUUUAUUGUUCUUUGUAAGUCUGAUUUUAUUGUUUCCUUUUGAAUCUUUUUUUGAAUCUAACCUUGAGGACAAGGUUGCUUUCAAGGGGUGGGAAUUGACAGGCUCUGGUUAUGCAUGUACGGUUAGUUUAGGUAUGUUUAUGGGUUAUGUGUCUCUUUAGCAGUUAAGGUAGGGCAGUUAUGGGUAGAAUGGUACGGUUGUUGUAAUAGGAACCUAUAUAUAUGUGUGUUUGUACUAAGUAGGGUUAUGUUGUGGAAUGAAAUGGAUUAAUAUCCCUGUGUCUGUUAUCUUAUUUCUGUUUUCUAAUGAAUUCUUUUGUUCUUGGUC